GGAAAGUGGUACGUUACCCACUGUAAUUAGAGCACAUUUUAUGGAAAUAUGAAAUAUUUCUAAGUUUGGUGAUUAUUUGUCCGAAAGCUUGCAGUACAGCAACUGGACACCAGAUGGGGAUGUCUCAUUGACGCGGCCCGUAAUCUCGUCCCAGACACAGCGGUGAUUGGACGCACCCUUAGUGCUGUGUGGCCCAGUCUCUCCGUGUCCUCACAGUCAUGUCGUGGUUCGUUCUUUCUAUUCCCGUAAUCUUUCUUUUCAGUUUUGUCAGAGGCGAUCUAACUGCAGCCUUAACAGAGACGGCUAAACUCUCAUCGCAGGUGAAGUGUCAUCAGGAAGCCGCAACCCUGGUCCGGCUGCUGAGAGAUUCCCGCACCGUCCCUGUGGCCGCCGCCUCCGUUAACGGCGUGUUAAAGCCGGUGGGAGAGUACCAUAGCCGGCUGGACAUCAACUCAUCAGGUGUUUUCUUAAAGGAUGUCAACUACAAUGAUAACGGACACUAUGAAUUCCUCUGCAGCGAUACUACUAAGCGCAUUAUCCGGCUGGAGGUUCUCGUUAUCUCUGACAUUUCAGCGUCUAAGGGAAACACUGUGAAACUUCCCUGCUUCUCUGUAACUCUGGGUGAACCUGUGGAGUCUGUUCAGUGGGAAACAAAAGGGAAGCCUGUGAUACGAGUAAAGCGCUCCAACCAAAUGGUUAAAUAUGGGGAAAGAUUCAAAGACCGUGUGUCUUUAUCACCUGACUGGUAUGUCCUGGGGGAUCUGUCGCUGAUACUGGAGCGGGCCCAGCUGGAGGAUCAAGGGGACUAUUUUUGCUAUGUCCUCAAAGGCUCCCAAGAGAGAGGAGACCCUGCUGCAGGGAGACUGAAGGUCCACCAGAUGCACAUUGAAACCUCCACUACCCCGUCUCAGAACACAAAGGACUCCUGCUCUGAACGAAGGGGACCGUGGUGGCUCUUUGCUAUCGUUGCAACUCUGGUUGGUGUUACUUGUUUCGGCAUUUGACGUUUCUGGAGGUCUGGAUCUUGGUCAGGACCGUUUGGGUUUACCCUCUCGCCCAAUGACCGAUGGAUACAGGCACCAACCUACAGGACCAGAUCGUGGACAGGAGAAUCUGUCUCUAUGAUGGUUGGAUAAGAGGCACUGCUGUUCCUGUGAUUAAUAGAUUUAUAAAUCUACACUCUUAAGAAAAAGAAAAUACACUGUCUUAAUUUGAAGAAAAAAAAAACCGCAUGUGACAAUGUUUAAGUAAUUCCCACUUUACACCUAUUAAGUUAAAAUGUUUUGCUUAUUUUAUUGUUUGAUUCCAGUAUCUGUAAAUAAUACCAUCACGAGUUGGUAUGGUGCCUUUAACGUGAAUUACAUAGAAUUAGACUAAUUUGAUAAAGUUUGGCCAGGAUUAAGUUGUCAACUUUAUUUAGGUGACUAGCUAAAUAAAACUUGACAUUUCUCUGACAAGUCCAUGCAAAUUGUUACUUCAGUUGUUUUUAGCGCAAACAAUAUGAAAACCAAUCCUUACAGUUUUUUAAAUCAUUGUUGUAGUAAAACUUUUUCUAUUUUGUAAUACCAAUCCUUGCAGUGUUGGACGCUUUUCAGUUUUCUCAAGUAAAAAUCCGGCUGAGCUCCAUCACUUCUUUGAUACUAAUUGCUUGAGACUAAUUACUUAAAAUCUGAACAAAAUGUAAAAGCUCAGUAUCACAAAAUGCAAUAUAUCAAAUUGAAUGUUUGUAAUUUAACUGUUUGGAGGGUCUUACUGAGAAAGACCUCCUUCAGAAUCCUCCUGUGACCAAAAUAAAUAUUUCAUUGGAAAAGCUGAAAA